GGGCGUGCCCCGUGCUUCUAUGGCACAAGAUGGCGCUGCCCUUUGCACGUUGUUGGAACUUGUACCGCUGGGGGACCAAACGAUGGGGGGUCUCCGCCGGCGGAUCCCGGAGAGGCAUCAGUUUCAAACUGGAAGAAAAAACAGCCCACAGCAGCCUGGCGCUCUUCAGAGGUGACACGGGUGUCAAAUAUGGCUUGGUGGGACUGGAACCCACCAAGGUGGCCCUGAAUUUGGAGCGCUUCCGGGAGUGGGCAGUGGUGCUCGCAGACACCACGGUCACCAGUGGCAGACACUACUGGGAGGUAACAGUGAAGCGCUCCCAGCAGUUCCGGAUAGGAGUGGCAGAUGUGGACAUGUCCCGGGAUAGCUGCGUCGGUGCAGAUGAUCGUUCCUGGGUGUUCUCCUUUGCCCAGCGCAAGUGGCACAGCAUGUUGGCCAACGAAAAAGCCCCGAUUAAGGGUAUUGGGCAACCAGAGAAGGUGGGGCUGCUGCUGGACUAUGAGGCGAAGAAGUUGAGCCUGGUGGAUGUGAGUCAGAUCUCUGUGGUCCACACACUACAGACGGAUUUCCGGGGCCCAGUGGCACCUGCUUUUGCUCUUUGGGAUGGAGAGCUGCUAACCCACUCAGGACUCGAAGUACCCAAGGGUCUUUAAUGUGGCCAAGACCCUGAAUCAUGCUUCUGGUCAGCUUUCUGUUCUUAGUGUCUAAAGCUAUUUUAUUUUGUCUUAAGCAACUGGUAACUCUCACAACUCGGUUGGGAUCCUUCGUGCAAUAUUGUAGCCAUCUUCCCCUGGUCCGUACUCUGUUACAGAGUACAGACAAACUUUGCCAGUUUCCUAGAUCAUCAGGGGAAUUUCCUCCUCAGGCCACUAUCUUAGACUGUUCAGCCCUGGGGUCCUGUCUCUCAGCCACUACAUCUCUUUCCCUUAUCCACAUGUGACUUGUUUUGGGGGUUCACCAGAUUCUCUAGAGUAAAUGAUCUCUACCUCUGGCUGGAGGAAUGGCAGCCACAGACUUGGCCUUUUCUCUGAUACACCUCAGAUUCUUGGGUUCUGGCUCCCUCAGUAGUAAGUACCUCAGCAUUAGAGAUGUCAGUCCAACCCAGAUGCAGCUAUCCCCACUCCGAGUCCAUCUGUCUGCUGGACACCUGAUACCUAGGCAGUUUGCCAUAACCAUUGUGCCAGUUAUGUGACAAAGGGAAAGAGAUCCUAGGGAGACAUGUAGGGCUAGGGUGCCAGAAACGUUACCCUCGAUAAGUUCCUUCUGCAUAUCUGCCCCACUUUAAAGCUCCAGAGAAAAAACAGCAGUUUUACACCACCCAUUUUGGAGCCUGUUCAGACCCACAACUCCCAUCUCCCAUCUUGGCCACAGAAUGUACUUAAUAAAAGCAGUAUUUUGGUUUGAGGAAAAGCUGGUGGAACAGUUGAAUAUGUAUGCGAAAUAUAGAGUUUGGACUUGUCUGACUCAAUGUCUCUGUCUUAUUCUGCUUGCUAUGAUGGUGGUGAACCUGAUGAUGUCCGAAGGGGAGAAAGAGAUUAACUAGAUUUAGCAAAAAAAAAAAAAAAAAGACAAUUCACGUAAUUAAAGUUUAUUUGAACACAAAA